AUGGCCGGGCUGCUGGGGAGGCCUGGUUCUUGGGGCGGCCUGGUGCUGCGGGUGGGGCAGACGUUCUUCGCCGCCGCCUGCAUCGGCCUCAUGGGCAGCUCGCUCGGAUUCUCCGGCUACACCGCCUUCUGCUACUUGAUUGCAUCAAUGGGACUUCAAAUGCUGUGGAGUUUUGGACUUGCGUGUCUUGAUGGAUAUGCCAUUACAGCCAACAAGGAUCUCACCAGCCCCAUUCUAUUGAGCUUGUUUGUCGUUGGAGACUGGCUUGGGGUCAUACUAAGAGGAAAGAUCAGAUCUGUGUAUUACAUGCAGUCUGGUGUGGAUUUGUUAUUUAUCAAAUUGUACGAGUCUAGCCUUGUAUUCAUUUGGGCGACGCUCAUCUAA